UUUCUUCCACAACCGCAUAUCCGACAACUGCUGAUCUUAUUACAACAACAACAACUGCAGCUCCUACGGCAACAACUGUAGCUCCAACGACAACUGCAGCUCCAACGACAACUGCAGCUCCAACGACAACUACAACUGCAGUACCUAAUACUAUGACUACAACUACAGACCCUACUACAACUGUAGCUCCUACGGACACUACAAAGGUAACACCUACAAUGACCACUGUAGCUCCCACGCCACCUGCAACUCCUACGACAACUGAAGCUCUGAUAACAACUGCUGUUCCCACGACCACUACAACUCCAAAACCUACUACGACAGAACCUACUCCCACGACUGCUACGACUGCAGAACCUACCACGACAACCAGUGCAGCUCCUACAACAACAACUGUUGUUCUUACGACAGCAACGACUGCAGCACCUUCUACAACAACUACAACUUCAGCUCCUACGACAACCACAACAGCAGCAACUACAACAACUGUAGCUCCCACGACAACUGUAGCUCCUACAACAACAACUGCUGUUCUUACGACAGCAACGACUGCAGCACCUUCUACAACAACUACAACUUGUGCUCAUACGACAACCACAACAGCAACACCUACUACAACACCUGCAGUUCCAACAACUGUAGCUCCCAUGACCACUACACUUGCUGUACUGACUACAACAACCACAACUGCAGCUCCUGCUACAACAAUUGUAGCUUCUACGUCAACCACAGCAGCUGCCUCUACGACAACUGCUGCUCCAACGACCACUACAAUUCCAGAACCUAUUACGACAACCACUGCAGUUCCUGCAACAACAACUGCUAUUCUUACAACCACAGCGACUGCAGCACCUUCUACAACAACUACAACUUCAGCGCCUACGACAACCACA